AUGACAUGUCCACUGUCAGUCCUCAACAUCCGCGGCAAGAUCAACAACCCGGCGCUGGCGGAGGCGGUGCAGCAGCUGCAGGAGAAGGAGCGCUUCAAGGAGCGGGAGAAGGAGAAGCACCACGUGCAGCUGGUGAUGUACCGCCGCCUGGCCUUGCUGCGUUGGAUCCACGGCCUGCAGCAGAAGGUGCUGGAGCAGCAGGACCGCCUCCAGGAGAGCUUCGACACCAUCCUGGACAACCGCAAGGAGCUGAUCCGCUGCAUGCAGCACGGAGCCCCGUGCCCCGCUGCUGCCCCCAGCCCCUGAGCUGUGCUCCUUCCCGUCAGCUCGGAGUCCCGUCCCCCCAGCUCUUCACCCCCGUCGGGGCUGAGCCCCGGCUAUGAUGGUGAUGUUGGUGCACGGGGUCUGUGGCAGCCCCAGCCCCACGAGGUGCUCACCCUGCAGAGCCCAUCCCAUUAACCACAGAGCUUUAAUGCCUUCCUCCUCCCCCCCCCCCCUCCCUCCUCCCCCUUGCUGCUCCCACACCCGAUGUACCCAUCGCCCUGCAGUGACCUGCAGCUCCCAACGCUGUCCUGCUGUGCAUUGUGGCACGGUGCCCUGGGUUGUCCCCAGCACUGGGCCCAGCUGUGGCACAGCCCAUGAGACACAGCAGCAGAUAGGAGCUGCACUCAUGCACUAAGUCCAGUGAGAGAGAAUCACUCUGAAAAGUGACCUCAGAAUGCUCAGAAAUACGCAUAAAACGCCAUCAGCCCCAAACCCAGCACGCUUAUUUCACAGUUCAGUGUUAGAGGAGAGUUGAUUUAGAUUUAUUUCUAUUUUUUAUUGACCAGGUCGUAUAGAUGCACGUCUGCAUGCUGGGGGAGCUGCAUUAGCACCAUGCAUGGCCGCAGAGCUGCUUGCAAAGCUGUGCUUGUUGCAUCAUUUUGUUGUCUUAAAGCAAAGAGAUUGUUUUCUUUUUUUCCUAAUGUCUGUUUUAUCCAGUGGGGACCGCGUGGGAAGUACGAAGGACGGCCCUUCUUAAAUAGAGAUUAAAAAGAAGACGCCGUGUUUGUGUGCUGUGCUUUCUGCAGUGCUGCUGUGAUCACUGAAGCUGCUGCUGUGAUGGAGCAGUGGGCAGUGGGCUGUGCCCCAUCCCCCCAGGAAGCCACACAGCGGUUCCCUUCCUGCCAAGGGCAGUGAUGGAGCCUGGAGGUGCUGCCCUGAGAGCAGCAGAGCACCACUGGGUUAUUCCUCUAUUCCCUAUGCCCUCCUGCACCCAUCGUGGGCUGCAGCCCCCAUCGCCCAGCUCCAUGCUGCGUGUUGAUGGGAUGGAGAUAGGAGCACCUGAGCGCUGACCCCGGGGUGACCGUGCCUCGGGCCUCGCAGAGAUCAAGCAGAAAUGAGAAAAAGCCCUUUGAACCUUCCUUCACCCUUCUCCCCCUUCCUGCAGAGCUGUGGGAACUCAAGGAGCAGAGCCCCUUCCACAGCACAGGGCUGGGGAGCAGCAGGGAAGGGCACAGCAGGGCUGGUGGAGGCCUUUCCAUCCUUCCAGACGUGGCAGAGCAGCACAAGGAGCAGUGGAAGCCCCUCGCUGUGCCUGGGGGUGCAUCGAUGUCCCUGCAGGGGGUGGGAUGGAUGCAGCCCCUUCCCCCGCCCAGCGCCUCUGUUUGUCUUGGUCGGACGCAUGACACAAAUCUUUACAUCCAAGGUAAAUAUUGUGAAAAUCCUGAUUAUUUGCUCAAGAAAUGGAAGAAUAACUGCGGGCGCGGAUCAAAGCGGUGGAUGUGCUCUGCUGGCACAGAGGCUUCUCCCAGCCCGGUGCCCCGGCGCUGCUCUUGGAGCCCUCCCCAUCCCGAGCUGCCCAUCCCCAGCCCCGAGAUUUGGGAAAACAAAGGCACAGAAACCCGCUGGCGUCAGUGAGGAGCCGUGUCCCAGCUCUGCAUCCCAUGGGACCGCAGCUCCGUGUGGGUCCGGUGCUGGGACGGGGAUCUCGUGGUAUUUCUGCAUCCCCAGGGAUUCCCAUCCCUCCGUACAUCACGGGUUGCAGACGGAUGUGGGGGCUCUCUGUGGAGCUGCUCCGGGUUUGGAACCACUGAGGAUGGAGUGAUGCCAAUGGGAUGUGGGGCAGUGAAGGGCAGCUGGGCUCACGUACAGCCACGUCCCCAAAAUGAUCUGCAAAGCCCAGGAUGUGUGAGCCCGGGUUGCCACGUGCAGCAGACGGGGCCCUUUGUUUUGAAGGGCUCCUCUGCUAGUUUAACUUAUCGCCACAUUAAAUCCCUGUAGCUGGGGCUGACCUGAUGGCACAAAGUGAGCUUUGGCAAUAGUUGUCUUUUUUUACAUUAAAAUAACAGCACUGUGGAAACAUUAAGUGUGCGGGGAGGAAGGUGUUUCACCUCAUCAUUUGAACCCUUCAGAACAAAGCAGCGGCGAUUCUGAGAGCUCCACAUGCAAGCAAAUUUGGGAAGGAUUGAGGUUUUCCCCUCCCUGCAUUGCCCAACCAGCAGGAUGCUGCAAAACCCCUCCAUGCAUCCUCCAAACCCCCACAGAGAGUUAAGGACGGGGAAGUCGUGCUGCUGCUGGCUGGGUUCACACGAUGGCUGCGGCUCCCACGUGCAGCACGCUGCAGAACACGUGCGGUGCAGCACUGCAGCAAAGCAGCUGGGGCCAACCCUGCCCUCCAUGCCCCUCUGCAGGGGUGCAGUCCAACAGGACGGGCUCCCAUCCCGGCCCAUAUCUGAUGGGGACCCAGCCUGAGCUGCCUUCUUUAAUGAUUCCCUUUGAAA